UGCUGUUUCGGGUACUCAAGGUUCCGUGCGCAGGCAGAGAACUCACCUUGGAACUGUGCAAAGGCUGCGUAGCGUACCUGCCAUUAAUUCCAACGACACUGUUCUAGAACCGAGACGGAGAUGCCCAAAUGUGCAUGAACCUUUUAGCUUUUUGCUUACCAAACAAAAGGACUUAUUUUACGCAAAUAAGCGGAAAAGCAUGCCUUGUGUUGACAGGUGGUCGUUGGGUCUGCAUACCUGCGUACUUCUGCUGGUUGUCACACGGACAGAAACUCAAAGGACAGCAGAGAGUGGUGUGACUCUACUGCAGCUGAUCGGAGACCUGCCUCCUGAUGAAUCCCGGGCCGGUCCGGGGGGGAAACCCGCCUACUACUUCGGAGGGCUGGACGGGCUUACUGCUGCGGGACAGCCGGCCCUGGCCCACCUCCCCAACUCCUUCUACAGAGACUUCUCCCUGGUCUUCCAAAUCAUCCCCUCCAGCCCCGGGGUCCUCUUCUCCAUCACAGACGCCUCCCAGAAGUUCAUGUACGUGGGGGUGAAGCUGAGCGCCCCGGACGCUGACGGCAGGAAUCAGAAGAUUCUGUUCUACUACACAGAGCCCAACUCUGAGGCCUCGUACCUGGCCGCUAGUUUCACUGUGCCCUCCCUGGACCUAGUCUCCUGGACCAAGUUCUCUCUGUCCGUGUUCAAUGACCAGGUGACCUUCUUCAUGGGAUGCGACGCCUCUGGGAAGACGGUGAAGUUGGAGCGCUCGCCGGAUGACAUGGAGCUGGACAGGGGGGCGGGCAUCUUCGUGGGUCAGGCGGGAGGUGCGGACCCUGACAGGUUCGAGGGGGCGAUUGCUGAGCUGAACGUGGUGGGUAACCCUCGAGCAGCUGAGCUACUCUGUGAAGACGAUGAUGACUCAGACGCUGCCUCAGGUGACUUUGGCAGUGGGGAUGGGGACAGAAGAGAGACCGGCAAAACUACCACCCCUCCAUCUCUCCGACCGGUGCCAGAGCCCCCUCUGACAUCAUCAGUGAGCGACAGGCUCUCAGAGACAGGUGACAGGAAUCAUCAGACCUCAGUAGAGUCCAGACCAGGGUCAGGAGGUCAACCAGGCCCUACUGGUUCUAACAGGGAGAAGGGGGACAGAGGGGAGAAGGGCAGUCCAGGGGACAGAGGUCCCGCCGGGCCAAAGGGGGACUCGGGGUCUUUCUCCAGCUCUGCCUCUUCCUCUGGCUCUUCAUCAGGCGGAGGAGGACGUGGAGAAAAGGGAGACACAGGCUUGAAGGGCAGUUCUGGGUUCGGUUACCCAGGCUCCAAGGGGGACCGUGGCGUACCUGGUCCCCCUGGCCCUCCUGGCCCUGGGGGGCCAGCUGCCCAGGUUGUGAGGCUAGGGGACGGCUCUGUGGUGCAGCCAGUGGCCGGGCCAAUGGGGCCGAUGGGGCCCCCAGGGGUCAAAGGACCAGCAGGACCCCAGGGACCAGAGGGAGAGGCGGGGGAUCCAGGAGAGGAUGGCAAAUUAGGACCUGCCGGAGACAGAGGGUUCCCAGGAACACAAGGAGACUCAGGGGUCAAAGGACAAAAGGGGGAUCGUGGUGAUGGUCACCCAGGACCCAGGGGUCCUCCAGGGCCACCUGGACACCCAGGCCCAGGGACAGUUGACCGCGCUACAUUUGUGGAUAUGGAAGGCUCAGGAGGAUUCCCAGAUUUGGAGAAAAUACAGACUCUCCGUGGUCUACCAGGCCCCCCCGGCCCCCCAGGUCCCCCUGGCCCCUCAGCCGGUGGUGUCAGCUCCCAUGAGUCAGGCUCUUUCGGACCCCCUGGACUUCCCGGACAGGACGGGGCCCGUGGCCUACCAGGGCCCGCUGGUCCACCUGGCAGGCCUGGAACCCCAGGACCCAGUAGCGGAGAGAAGGGAGAAGCUGGUGAUCUAGGUCUUCCAGGGCCCAGUGGAGAGAGGGGUUCUCAGGGUGACCCUGGAGUGCCUGGUCAGGCAGGGCAGGGGGGCUUGGCUGGGCUUCCUGGGCCCAUGGGACCGAUUGGGCCUCCAGGACCACCCGGACCCCCCGGACCUUCCUACCCCGUGCGUUAUGGUGACAGGGAGGGUUCCGGAGUGACGGGGGUCAAUGGUGUUGCUGGAGUGAUAGGGAUUCCAGGACCACAGGGUCCGCCCGGAAUCGCUGGCCUUCCGGGAAGAUCUGGUUUGCCUGGGCUUUCGGGAGAGAAGGGGAGCGAGGGAGCAAGAGGACAGAAUGGAACACCAGGGAUGGACGGAUUCCCAGGAAUAUUGGGAGACAAAGGGGAGAGGGGAGACAGAGGGGAAAGGGGUGAGCCAGGACGUGAAGGGGGACCCCCUGGACCUCCAGGAGCCCCUGGCCCACCGGGACAGAUCUACCAGACCUCAGGCAGUUUUGAUGGAGUUCUUGGGAAUCAAGGCCAGGGAGGACCAGGUCUUCCCGGCCGGGCAGGAUUCCCAGGGCCUAUGGGACCAAAGGGAGAUACAGGAGAGCCUGGACAGCCAGGAUACGCAGCUAAGGGGGAGAAAGGAGAACCUGGUAUUAUCAUGGGGCCUGAUGGAAGACCCAUGUACUUGGGAGGGCUGGGGUCUCAACCGGGAGAGAAGGGACUCCCGGGACCUGAGGGACCUCCUGGUUCCUAUGGUCCAGCUGGUCUAAAGGGAGAUAUAGGCAUGCCAGGUAGACCGGGUCGUCCUGGGUUGAAUGGUGUCAAAGGAGAGAGGGGGGAUUCAGCUGGAGGGACUGGAGGAUAUGGAGGUCCUCCAGGACCACCUGGCCCACCUGGACCCCCCGGGCCAGCAGCACCUCUGGACAGGUUCAAUAGGUAUGAUGAUGUCUCACGGUUAUAUCCUGACUCCAAAGGAGAGAAAGGUGAUCGUGGAGUACCAGGAAUACCUGGGGUACCAGGUCUCACGUCCAACUUUGACAUCUACACCUUCAAGAAGGAGAUGAAGGGAGAGAGAGGAGACUCGGGGAUGAAGGGGGAGAAGGGCGAGCCAGCCGGAGGAUAUUAUGGUGGCGGUUACAGCGGACAGGGUGGUCAACCUGGACCUCCAGGACUUCCAGGGCCAAAGGGAGAGUCCAUCAUCGGUCCUUCAGGGCCCCAGGGCCCUCCAGGUAACCCAGGAAGAGGGUACGAAGGCAGGCAAGGGAACCCAGGCCCACCGGGGCCCCCCGGACCUUCAGGAUCAUCCUCCUCACCUGGAGCCUACAGGCCAACACAGACCAUCAGCAUCCCUGGACCUCCGGGCCCUCCUGGCCCACCUGGAACUGAUGGACACUCCUCUGGGGUGAUGGUGCUGAGGUCAUAUCACACGAUGACAGCCACGGCCAGACAACAGGCAGAGGGGACGCUGGUGUAUCUGGUCGACCAAACAGACUUUUACAUCAGAGUACGAGAUGGCUUCCGGCAAAUCCAGCUUGGACCAUACAUAGCUUUACCCCCUGACCAGGGUAAUGAGGUAGCAGCUGUCGACCCUCCUCCAGUGGUCUACUACCAGCCAGAUCAUCCCUCCAACACGGCCACAGAGCAACCCCCCAGACAGCUAGACCCCCACCAGCCACAGCCUGAGGGACAACACCCUAUUUACCCCGACCCACGUUACCCGACUCACCCGGAUCCACGCUACCUAGCCCAGCCAGAUCCACGCUACCCAGCCCAGCCGGAUCCACGCUACCCAGCCCAGCCGGAUCCACGCUACCCAGCCCAGCCGGAUCCACGCUACCCAGCCCAGCCGGAUCCACGCUACCCAGCCCAGCCGGAUCCACGCUACCCAGCCCAGCCGGAUCCACGCUACCCAGCCCAUUCAGACCCCAGAUACCCCUCACACACUGAUCCACGGUACCCCAGUUAUACAGACCGCCAGCACAACCCUGACCCUGUUCAGCCGGUCCAGCCCCAGCCAGCCCCUGUCCCACAGAACCCGGUUUACUCAGACACCCGCUACCCUGUAACCCCACAACGCAGACCCAAACCCCCUGAGACCCCCAGCCACCAACACACGUCAGGCCCAAGCAUUCACCUGGUCGCCCUGAACGCCCCCCAGGGGGGUAACAUGCGGGGUAUCAGAGGGGCAGACUUCCUGUGCUUCAACCAGGCUCGGGCCAUCGGGCUGAAGGGAACCUUCCGGGCUUUCCUCUCCUCCAAGCUCCAGGACCUUUACAGCAUCGUCCGCAAGUCAGACAGAGACCGCAUGCCCAUCGUCAACCUAAAGGACGAGGUCCUGUUUGACAGUUGGGAGGCCAUCUUCAGUGACUCAGAGGGCAGAGUGAAGGACAAUGUACCCAUCUACUCCUUCGAUGGCAAAGAUAUUUUCACAGACGGCACAUGGCCAGACAAGAUGAUAUGGCACGGUUCGACCAGCAGGGGGCACGGCGAGGUGGAUAACUACUGUGAGAUGUGGCGUAUAGGGGAUCGGGCGCUGACGGGCAUGGCCUCCUCUCUACAGGGGGGCCAGCUCCUCCAACAGAGAACCAGCAGCUGUCACAGCUCCUACGCCGUGCUCUGCAUCGAGAACAGCUACAUCGAACAGUUCAAGAGAUAGGACUAACCGACCAAACGCACACACACACUACAGCCAGAUCAAGAGAUAAGCCUAAUGAAACACACACACAAACACAUCAGCCAAUCCAGGAGGCCUAACAAAACGUAUGUACCAGUGGAGGCUGGUGACUUAAAAAAUGAGGAGGAUGGUAGACCCAGGGUAUAGGCGCGGAAUGCACGGAGACAACAAAGUGCGUUUCAAAAAUCGUCAAUGACUAAUUAUUUUAACCUAAAGCAUUUAAUAAAGACAUUUAUAGUACACUAUUAUGGGGAAUGGGAAUGAGAGGGCUACUUACACAGUGUUGGAAAGGGACAACAG